GUUUUUUACUUAAGCGCCUCAGGUGCUGCAUGGUGGUGUGGGUAUCUAUUGCGACGGUGUUUUGAAAUACGUAAACAGAAUUACUCAUCUGCCCUCAGCGCAUGAUAUUUAUUGAAUGUUUGACAAGUUGUCGGUGUUACACAUUUAAUUGAUAUUACUAGUAUUUCUGUCACCGAAAACUACGUCAUUUUUCAUCUACCUCAGUAUGGAGAAGAAGUUUCAAAGUACAGAAGUUGGUUAUUUUGGUGAUCCUAAAGUCAUUCUCCGCGUGGAACAGUAUUUGAAGAACCACAAGGAGAUGGGAGAAAUCGACACUGAAGAAAUAGCAGAUAGUCUGCAAAAGAAAUAUCCUGAGUAUAUGAGAAGAAAAAAGAAAGCCUUCCAGGGGCUUGUGGCGAGAGCUGUUUCUGUCCUCGUGAAAGAAAAUGAAAAAGACUUGGAUGAUGAUGAUGAUGAUUAUUAUAAUGAAGAAGGAGAUGGAGACUAUAAUUCAUCUGUUGAAAGUGACUACGAUUCCAUAAAUGAACAUGAAAGCAACAGAGCCAAUGAACAACAAACUUCUCUCUACUUUCAGAAUUCACGAGAAUCCAGAGGUGAAAAAGAAUUGAUAAACAUCAGUAGUGAUGAUGAUGGUGAGGAAGAUGAACGUGAUGAUAACAUAAAUGAAGACAUCAGAAGGGGUAUACUGAAGAAGUUAGUGUCAGAGACAACUAUUGAGCCUGUCAAGUCUCGGACAGUAAAGUCCCAAGAUGUCAAAAGUGUAAAAAGCAAAACCAAUUCAAAUACAACAUUGAAGCAUAGCAAUCCGGUGCUGAAAACAGCAUUGCUGAAAAAUCCUACCUCAUUAAAAUAUGGCGAGAUAGUAAAAACCAAAGAUGCAGAUGCAUGCUCAAAUAAAAGAAAGCGAAACAAUGAUCACCUACCUGAUGCAUCUUAUCAAAAGAUUCCCAAAAAGAAGUUUCCUCAAUUAGAAAACGACUCAAAACGGGAUUCUGACAGAGGUGAAUUUGAAGCACGCAAAGUUGAUGUUACGUUCAAAGAUUUCGCAGGCAACAAAGAAAUUUUAAAGGAGCUGUCGAAGGUUAUCCUUCACGUAGCUCAGCCGAAGAUUUAUUCCACGCUGGGGAUAUCUCCACCGCGGGGCCUGCUGCUAACAGGUCCACCAGGGUGCGGCAAGACGCUGCUAGCCGAGGCAGUGGCCGGGGAACUGAACGUGCUGCUGCUGAAAGUGUCUGCCUCGGAGCUGGUGUCGGGAGUGUCCGGCCAGUCGGAGGAGCGCAUCCGGGACCUCUUCAAGGAAGCCGUGUCGUUGGCUCCGUGCGUCCUGCUGCUGGAAGAAGUGGACGCCAUCACGCCCAACAGGCACACGGCCCAGCGCGAGAUGGAGAGGCGCAUUGUUUGUCAGCUGCUCUCCUGUCUGGAUGAUUUGGGCCGCAGAGAGCAAGGACACCACGUGCUGAUAAUCGGGACCACGAAUCGUCCCGACUCCAUCGAUCCAGCUCUUCGUCGAGCCGGAAGGUUCGACACGGAGCUUGCUCUCGGUAUUCCCGACGUGGAAGCUCGGACGGAGAUUCUCAGGACCGUGUGCAAGUCCUUGAAGCUGGAGCCACAGUUUGACUACGAGAGAAUGGCGAGGCUCACGCCUGGAUACGUUGGUGCAGAUCUCACCUCGCUAGCGAGGGUGGCGGCCAUUAAUGCAUUUUUCAGACAUUUUGAAAAUACGAGGCAAACUCUAAGUGCCGGAAUAGAUAAAAACCAGAAGACCCUCAAGAACAAUUCGUCUAAUAUGGAAAUAUCGGACGAUGAUUCAGCUGCCAACACAGGCAACGGGGAUUGUGCUGUGGUGGACGGCGAAGCGAGGAAGGAGAAGUCGGCGGGGAACGCAGCGGAAGAGAAUCUCUGCGGCUGGCUGUGCAAGCAGCCCCCGCUGUCGGACAAGCAGCUGGAGGGCUUGUGCAUAACGACGCAGGACUUCUCCGUGGCCCUGAAGAAGGUCUGCCCGUCCGCCAAGAGGGAGGGCUUUGCGACGGUGCCCGACGUGACGUGGGAAGACGUGGGGGCUCUGCACGACAUCCGGCAGGCCUUGCAGAUCGCCAUAUUGGCGCCGGUGAAGUACUCGAAACUGUUUGCGUCCGUGGGCAUCUCCGCUCCGGCGGGAGUUCUGCUGUGUGGCCCGCCCGGCUGCGGCAAGACUCUGCUGGCGAAGGCAGUUGCGAACGAGGCGGGCAUCAACUUCAUUUCUGUCAAGGGCCCCGAGUUGCUGAACAUGUAUCUGGGUGAAAGCGAGCGAGCCGUACGCCAGUGUUUCCAGCGAGCAAGAAACUCUGCCCCGUGUGUUAUAUUUUUUGAUGAACUGGAUGCUCUGUGCCCAAAGAGAUCAGAGAGCGGAGAGGGAGGAGCCAGCAUGCGGGUGGUGAACCAGAUGCUGACGGAGAUGGACGGCGUGGAGGGCAGGGGGGGAGUGUUCCUGAUGGCCGCCACGAACCGGCCGGACAUCGUGGACCCCGCGGUGCUGCGGCCGGGCCGGCUCGACAAGAUCCUGUACGUGGGCCUCCCCUCCGUUGCGGACAAGGUCGACGUGCUGCGCACCCUCACCAAGAACGGCACCAAGCCAGAACUGUCUCAGGAUGUCAGCUUAGAGGAGAUAAGCUCUUGGGAGAGCUGCGAAGGUUACUCCGGGGCGGACUUGGCUGCUCUGGUCAAAGAAGCAGCUGUGGUGGCUAUUCAGGAAGUGUUGGGUGCACCAGCGGAGAAAGUGGUAGUUUGUCGGAACCACUUCCUUCAGGCUGUGAAAAGCAUAAGGCCUUCAGUAACAAAGAAGGACCGUUUGUACUACGAGAAGCUGCAGAAGUUGUACUCUCCCCCUCCCGUGAAGGACCAGCAGCUCUGGUCGGCAGCGGUGGAGGCCAGCGUAGAGCUGACCAGCAGCAGUUCCGUCGCAGCCCACGAGAGGGAGCAAAGUGACACGACGCAGCAGAACUCUGCAGUGUCCUCGCUGUUCACGGAGCAACACGACACAUUGCAGAACACACCUCCGCAUGCGACGGCAAGGCUGGAAGAAAGUUCCCAGGACUCUUCGACACCAAAAACUGCAGAGAACAAGGACAGUGCCGACAAACAGAGUUCUGAUGUCGACUCCACCCUGGAUGUAGACAAGUCUCCUGAACCGAACUUGAGUGAUUCUAGGUGAAAAUAUUUUUGGUUGAGGUGGUUUGUGAUCGCAUAUCAUACGCAGUGGUGGUUUUGCAUUGAAGCACAAAUGCACAGGAACCCAAAUUUCCAAAUCAAUAUUCAAUUAACAACUAAUGUAGUGAAGCAAAAAGUUUAUGUAAAAACUCUAAAACAAAUACCAGGAUGGCCACCCAACCGGGAAAAUCGGGAAAUCUUGAAUUAGCCGAGAAUUUUUUUGGUGCCUAGAAAUCAGUGUGAAACAAGACAAUUUUUUAAAGCCAUCUGGAACUAUCUGUGGGUCUAGCAUGUUGAAAAGAGCAUAGUUGAAGAGCUGCACCAUGGUGCCUACAGACUGUGUUAUUUAUAGUUUACUGCACUUGUUGGGAGGUAUUGCUAGUUCAAUAAUGUGUGUGUAAUUUCUGACAUUAAUUUUAAUUCAUUUUGUAACAAAAAUCAUAGGGCCUGACAUGAUUUAAACAUUUCAGGACUUAAAAUAUUAGUAUUUGGUGCUAUUAAAAUUUGAUAUUUGAAAUUGGCAUAUAGACUCAUUUAAAAGAACCAUACAUGAUAAUUUCUAAUACUACAGCAAAUAAUAAAUUAAGUUUGUGCUAACAGCAGUAGUGUAGACUUAAAACUUAACCAAAUCUGUUAACUAUUAAGCAUUUUUAUAUCUUUGCAGACUAAAUAGCAGACAUUGCAAAGCCAAAAUUUUCACGAGGUUUUAGUGAUUCAACCCGCAAACAGCAUUACCAUAACCAUAACCAUAUUCAUCUAAAUAUAAUGGUAUGAUUUUUACCAAAACUAUGGAAGAUAAAACUGGGUGUCAAAGGUUAACUUGCCAUUGGGAAAGUCAAAACUACAGGUGCCUCUUAAAUGUGUUAUUUAUGCUACUUUAGACAGCUGUUACUUACCGCCAUCUGAUCCUCCACUUAGGUGAAAUACUACACACUGCCUGUAAACUGCCUCCUUAAUGCCACUCUAGUCCGGGGCUUCCUGGACUCAGCACAGGCGUGACAGAUGAGAGAUGCUGGAUGAGGGGGAGGGUGCAAAUGGAGUGUCCCUGGGUUCGCUCUGCUUCUCUUCACUGAGGCUGCUGGGGAAGACACUCUCUGUCCUCUUUCACCCUCCCAGGCUACCACUGCAUUCUUUACCUUCUGGACUUCUGAACAGCCACCCCUUUUGAACUAGUCAUAAAACACAGUUGUUUUUUUUCUAACUGCUGCUUGGUGUUUCUAAAAAGAGACUAUAUAAAUCCCUCUACUGGCAAAAGUGGCACUAGAUAGGGUCUAGUAAAUAUGGAAUAAAUAUAGCAAUUAAAACAAUUUUAAAGUGCUAUGUAUUUGAAUUGAAAUUUCUAACCCAUAAUGUCUUUUUCAUAAUCUCAUUGUAGUGACACAACUCUAGAUGCCUACACAUUACUUUAUAAAUCUGUCUUGUUAUUAACUAUGAUGUUAUAUUUGUGUAUUUCAAACAUAAUAAUGUACCGAACUAAAGUGUGUGUUCAUAAGAAAAUGAUAAAUUCAGUUUCCACAAUUCCUUAUUUUAAUUUUAUGUCAUGAACAUAUUAAGUUUUAAAUAGAUACAACAUAUGUCAGAAAUAUGAAUGAUACCAAGCAUUGAACAAUUCUGUCAGUACCAAAAUACAUUCGCAAAUAGAUAAUUCAUCAAUUGUUAAUCUCAAAAUAAGAUUACAUAUUCUGAAACUUUAUUCUAAAAUAAAUAUAAUUCCAUGCUCUGGCUUAGCUUAGUGCUUGAAGAACAGGACCUCUGAGUCUAAAUUACUCAGAUUCAUGUGAACAAGUAAAUUAAUCAGUGUGUGAUUCAACAUAUAAGAUAAGCUAAAAUCAUCAGGUUAAAUAGUUAUUUCAAUCAGUUGGCAACGAUUAAUAUCAAAAUGAUUUGAUUCAACCAAGAAGUUUACAAAUUACAAAUUCAUUAGAAUUUAAAAGACGUGAAUUUAAUUAAGCUUGGACAUCAGGACAGUGGUACAAUAUUACCUUUAAGGAACAGACAGUACAUUUAGCAUUGUGAUAUCGAACAUAAAUAUUCAACGCCCUGAAGAAUAGAUAAUCAAUGUAUUGUCAGCUUCCAGCGGCAGUUAGUACUCAUCACGAACCGCGAUCCUAUUCCGGUUCCUGAGGUUUCUGCUGGUGACUCGACGAACGAGGUCCUAGGUUGGAUUCAGCUGUAGAUGGCUCUUGGGAUGGUCGCACGAUGACGCUUCCUUCCUUUCUUCAGUCGACGUAGUGGACUCAUCCGUAUUUCCUUUAUUUCACUUGUGCUGUGAACUAUAAUACCGAAGUCAUGUUCUGGUCUCCUUACAAAUUCAUGCUAUCAUCCAAAUUUUCCAUUAUCUUAUUACAAUUCAUGAAAUAUAGGAAAUAUUUCAAUUCUUCAUGAAUUAUAGUGAAAUUCUUCAGAAGAGUCUUCUAGAACAUGUAUUAAAUAUUUCAAUCAUCCUUAAAUAAAGUUUAACACAAUUAAUUACAAUUGUUGAAUUAUACUUCUGACUUUAGUUCUGGAAUCUUUCUUGUUGGUUAAAAAUCACAAAAUUAUUUCCUUGUACAAACUUUUCUUUACAAUAUAAUAUAAAUUUGUAUAAUUUUUACACCACUUCCUAUUCAACCAUAGAUUUAGAAAACCAUAUAUUUAACUAUAGGUACAAAAACAAAAACUAAACACUUGAAAGUAAGCAAACAUUUAACACAAUUUUUCAUCGCUCAUAGAGAACACAUGAAUAGAUAGUAAUUAUUACCAGUACAAUUGUUUUGGAAAUUUAGCUAUUAAAAUAUUUAACAGGUUAAUCAAAACGUUUGGGGUCACAUUAUUUUCGGGUAAAUGCUGUAUAUUUAUGUAAACAUUACAUGUAUUGAAUUUUCUUUGAACUUUUUUUUUCUACUAUUGGUCUUCUAAAAUUGUGAACCCUUACAAAGCUGGCACUGGCUGUAUGUAUGUACCUGAAAAUAAUCACAGUAGAAACCUGCACAUGUUGUAUAUAAAAUCUAUGUAGUAUAUAUUUAAAAAUAAGAUUUAUCUUUCUAGAUCUUGUUUACGAUGUUCUUUACAGAGUUUUGUAACAGUAUGUGAGUAAAACUUGUGAGAAAUUUUA